AUGUGAAAGACACCUCUGAGAUGGUGAAGGAGGCCUUGCAGCAGGCUGAGCGCGCCCAGAGUUCAGUGACCGAGGCUCUGAAACAGGCCAGCGCUGACAUCAAGGGAACGCAAGACCUGCUGGUCUCCGAUCUGGAUUCAGAGCUGAAGGACAAGUACAGUAGUGUCGAGCAGGUGAUCACACAGAAAGCAGAAGGAGUGGCAGAGGCCAAGAAAAGAGCAGAGAAACUCCAACAGGAAGCCAAAACAUGGCUGCUACAGGCCAGCGACAAACUCCAGCUGCUAAAAAAUCCUGAGAAGAACUAUGAUGUAGAUCAGAAGCUGCUGGAGGACAAGGCCAAUGAACUGGUGGAUGUGGAUAAGGCUGUGAAAGAACUGCUUCAGGAGAUCAGUCACAAAGUCACCGUCUACAGCACCUGACUGUUUUAACACUACUACUGACUGCUUUGGGAACAUUUAUGAAAUUACCUUCUACGUCAAAUCCCUGAGAAGGUUUUGUGAGUUUUACCCAUACUUUAUGAUCACUGUAUGGAAGGGUGUUACACACUUUUAUGAACACGAGAGAAUGCGAUUUGGAUUUUAAACCAUAGCAGACCAAAGAGUGAAUGUAGGAUAUGCCCAACAUAACUAUGAGACUGCAAUUACAUUGACCUCAUUGUUUCAAUUUUAGAUUAGAGUUAAAAAGUAAAAUAAUAUAAAUGUAAUUUUUACAAACGUUUUU